CGCAAGUAAACUGCGAUAUCAGAUCUUCUUGACCCCUUUCACUGGAAGUAAGGACACUAGAAACACACAGCCAACAUGCCAGUUGACCUGAAUGGGUAUUGGAAAAUGAUCUCCAAUGACAACUUCGAAGAGUACUUGAAAGCCCUCGGUGAGUUGUCCAACAGUCUUUUAUGGAUGGUUUGCGCUUAAUGACGGGGAUUUAAACUUCAGUCAAAAUGGAUGAUGCGCAAGGAUACCUGCUGGACCACUGCGCCAUGGGUUCAAUAUUGAGCUCUAUCCAUCAAUCAAAACCCUAACUAUAGAUCUAACUAACGUUACCAUUCUGAAUAUUUAGAUAAAUAUAUAGGUUUAUAGCCUUUAGUAGUUCGAAAGUGUUCUUAUUGGAGCACUAGUGUAGAUACUGACAUUGGUUGUGUCACUUAAAAUAAUGGUUUCGAAAGUGCCUCAUAUUUACAAAGUAUCCAAAAAAGAUUCCUGGAGUUGGAUCCAGUUAUAGCCUAUAGGCUACAGAAACAGAGGUUAUGGGAGAAUGAGUGUGAUGUUAGGCUAUAGAUGAAUGUAGCCCUCCUGUGUUCAUCUAUUUUCUAUAUCUUUCCUUUUUUGGGGACCCCUCACACAGAUGUAAAUGUUGCCAUUAGGAAAAUUGCCACCUUGUUGAAGCCCGACAAAGACAUCAGUCAAGAUGGUGACCACGUUGUCAUCAAGACCCUCAGUACCUUUAAGAACUACAACAUGGAUUUCCAUGUUGGCAAGGAGUUUGAGGAGGAUCUCUCAGGGGUGGAUGACAGAAAAUGCAUGGUGAGUUGACAAAAAUAUUACCAUCACACAUUCAGACUAGACUAGUUUUUGGCUAUCAAAGGCUAUCAAAACGUAUUUCUGGAGACUAGAGAGAGACACAGAACAAGAAGAAAUGUUAAUGUUUCAUUAGUGAUUUGAUCAAUCAUAUUUCCUCUAGUGCAGUGUUUCCCAAACUUGCAAGGGGUGCACGUUUUGGUUUUUGCCCUAACACUACACAGCUGAUUCAAAUGAUCAAAGCUUGAUGAUUGGUUGAUUAUUUGAAUCAGCAGUGUAGUGCUAGGGCAAAAACCAAAAUGUGCACCCCUUGGGGUCCCGAGUUUGGGAAACCCUGCCCUAGUGUGAUUGCAGUCCUUAUGUGUCCUUAUCAAUACUUGAUUGAGGUACCACUGUGAACACAAGGGGCCUUGAGUUAAUAUAAUAAUAUAUUCCUUUUAGCAGACGCUUUUAUCCAAAGCAACUUACAGUCAUGCGUGCAUACAUUUUACGUAUGGGUGGUCCUGGGAAUCAAACCCACUACCCUGACAGGUGCAAGCGCAAUUGCUCUACCAACUGAGCCACAGAGGACCACAGUUGAGACUAAGGGGGAAGCAGUAGACGGAAUCAGCAAUAAAGCUAGAGAAGACACUGGAGUUCUUGAGUACACAUAAAGGCUUUUUGCACUACUGAGCAGAUCAGAGCAGAGCUAAACCGAGCUGUACAGAUCUGGCCUGGUUACAUAUUCGCCAUAGUUGCUGGAACUGCUGAAGAGGACAAAGUGAAAAUAAAAUAUCCAAGCCAGCACAGUAAGGUUUGGGUCAGCCUAAUAAAAUCAGGCAAUAGAGGACAAGAGCAAGACGAGAAGGUUAGUUAGGAGCUCAGAGACAAACUUGUAUGAUUACAUUUUUCCCCUGAUUACAUAUUUUCUCUGAGAACUGAUUAGGAUCUGCAUAUUUUUCUCCCCAAAAAGAUCUGCCCUUGUAAGCCGAUUUAGACUGAUUACUUUUCAAGCCCAUAAGCCAUCACCUUGUGUGGUGCUGCGAGUACCAUCAGGGAAUGAAAUAACGUAAUCUGUUAUUGACCAAUGGUCCAACUAUAUAAUGUUGUACCUUACGAUUUGUGAGUCCAAUUCAUGAAGACUUUACUAUACCUUUAUGACUAUUUAUACAGUUGACUGCUGACUUGUUUAUGUCAUGAAAGAGCUGGUGUGUAUAAUAUCUGGUCAGUAUUGUGUGUAUAUAUAGUCAUAAUGACAGCACUAGGAUAACACUCCUGUUGGUAUGAAUAAGAACUGAUCCAAAUAGAUGUCAGGACAGCCUUUCCUCACAUUCUGAUCUCAUUCAAGUCCUUUGGCAUAUUAUUUGCUCCUGUACACUGAACAAUAUAUGAAAAGUUAUUUUGCUCUGCUGAGAAGUGUGUUUGCAUGUUUCUGUCUGUAUACACUGAGUGUACAAAACAUUAGGAACACCUUCCUAAUAUUGAGUUGCACACCCUUCUGCCCUCACAACAGCCUCAAUUCGUUGGGGCAUGGACUCUACAAGGUGUCGACGCUGGCCCAUGUUGACUCCAAUGCUUCCCACAGUUGUUCCAAGUUUGCUGGAUGUCUUUUGGGUGGUGGACCAUUCUUGAUACACACAGGAAACUGUUGAGCGUGAAAAACCCAGCAGUUCUUGACACACUCAAACCGGUGCCUGGCACCUACUACCAUACCACAUUCAAAGGCACUUAAAUAUUUUGUCUUGCCCAUGCACCCUCUGAAUGACACACACACACACACACAAUCCAUGUCUCAACUGUCUCAAGGCUUAAAAAUCAUUCUUUAACCUGUCUCCUUCCCUUCAUCUACACUGAUUGAAGUGGAUUUAACAAGUGACAUCAAUAAGGGAUCAUAGCUUUCACCUGGUCAGUCUAUGUCAUGGAAAUGUUUUGUACACUCAGUGUAUGUUUUCCCUGUAAGUUGUUCUACAUAUGUUCGUGCACGCUGUGUGUGUGUGGAUGUGUGUGUGUAGAUGUGUGGGUCAUGUUCCUAACUGACAGUAGAAUGCAUAAUGGUGUCUCUCCUCUCUUCCCGUAGACCACUGUCUCAUGGGAGGGGGACAAGCUGGUGUGUGUUCAGAAGGGAGAGAAGGAGGGCCGAGGCUGGACCCAUUGGGUGGAGGGAGAUACGCUUCAUCUGGUAAGAGAGUCUGUUCAUUCAUGUCAUUUGAAUGCAAGUCUACUUCCUCAGUUCCUGAUUUCACUUUUUGUCACAACAGAUCUCAGAUCAGGUGAUUUAAAACAUGUAUAUAGAUGUGGCUAUAGAUAAAUAGCAGAGAUAAAAAAAACGGCACUGACCUCUACAAUGACUACCUUCAUUACAUUGACAUUGCAGAUUUUCAUUGCUAUAUGAUUAUUGUCAUCAAAGCUGAGUAAAAGGCAGUGGAGGCUGCUGAGUGUUUGAUGUUGAUAGCCAUUACCACAUGCCCGUCCUCCCCAAUUAAGGUUCCACCAACCUCCUGUGGUAAACGGCAUCUGACUGCCAUAUUAUUUAGUCAAAGUGAUUCCAACAGAUGUUCCGCAAUCAGUGGCCAUAAAAUUAUUCAUCAGCAGAGUGGCUCCCUGGUCAUUAAUCCCGGAAUCACUGAACAGCAGCGGCCUCUGGUGGUUAGAAAUAGAACUGCAAGUACAAGUGCUUUGCCAAUGGUUAUUCUCCAUAGAGGAGAUUUAUUUACUGUGUAAACAUUUUUUACAUUUUCACAGCUGUUUACCUCAAUUAAUGGUGAUAAGGCAGUUAUUUUUCUCUCCCUACACAAAUAAAUAAUGAAUCAAACGGAUCUAUAAAAAAUAUGUUCUCUCUGCAGGAGCUGAGAGCAUGUGGAGCUGUGUGCAAACAGGUCUUCAAGAAAACUUAAAGCAGCCCUGGAACAACAGAACGGUACCCCCUACCUGAGCGUGCAAGAGAGACAUGGACACGACCCAAGAGUGUGACAGAGAACCCCCUAUUGCACUCAUCCGUCCGUCAAUCCAUCCUUUCACAUUUAAUUCCAUCAGGACUGUUGCCUUGCACCCACAAAAGUCAAACUAUCCACAACAGGGGUGAUGUACAUGAUGCUUCCUAACAAAAAGGAAAACAACUGUUUAUUUUAUUUUUCUUCUUUCCUUUUAUUAUCUUUCCAUCACUGGUACUGUGACUCUGUUUCAUGGGGGGGCGGGUGCUCCUUUGAUUAACAUGUUAUAGGUGGAUUAGAUGCCUAAUACACUGUAUUAGAUUUAGUUGGCUUUGCAAUUAGUGCCUUAAUCUCUGAUGAUGCGCCGGACUGAAAACUGGGGGUGAACUUGACCAGUAGGAAGGAGGGUUUCAGCAGAAUGAAAGAGAAAGUGAGGGUGAGAGAGGUAAAGAAUGAAAAUGAAAUGUACAGGCAACAGAAGAUGUGACAGAUGGGCAUCGUAGCCAUCUUGGUAGAAAGCUUUACAAGUACUAAUGU